AUGCGUAAAUUUCGACUAUUUCUACGAUUUCUAUUGAAACGAUCUGGUACUAUAAUUCUGCGGUAUGGUCGUCCAGCAUUAAAAAGUGAAGUGCUUGGUCGUGGUUUAACGCUCUGGGGGCGAAUUAUAAUACGACCAUUUGCGUUGACAGGAUAUCAGAAGAACUGGCGAAGCAAUUAUUUUUUAGGUAUCAACCGGCGACAUACUUCUCUACUGAAAAUCUAUUCUAAGCUUGAAGCUUCGGAAAGAAUUAAAAAGUUAUUUUUAACAAACACGAGGUACAAUAGCGGAUUGCCAGCUGCAGAAAUACCCAACAGGCUCGAGGGCUACGAAAUAGGUAGUAAUAUUGCUUGCGGUUGUGAUGCUGCUGUAUAUGAAGCACGUAUACGUACGUUGGAAAAAGCUGAGAGGCUCCCUUCCAGCAUUUAUACAGACUUACCACGCACUUCAUCUUUACGAGGGAAACAAUCGGUUACGGAUGAUCCUAUUGUUGCAUAUCCAUAUGCAUUGAAAAUAAUGUAUAAUUAUGAAUUCGAUGCGUCAGAAAGACAUCUGUGGAUGGAUAUGGGUACCGAAUUAGUACCAUUAAUCGAAAAACCGCCAGAGCUCAUUGGUUACAUGGCCAAUAUGAGCUUUUUGCCGCACGCGCAUCCAAAUAUAGUACAAAUGUAUAAAGCAUUCACGGAUUGCAUGCCGGUAUUGGAAGACGCUCGACAUUUAUACCCAGAAGCUCUGCCAACAGCUGACUUUUAUGAAUUGAUCAUUGAUGAACCGAAAACAUUGUUUAUAGUUAUGAGAAGGUACCGAAUGACUUUACGACAGUAUAUACUUACACAUAAAAGAAAUUAUUGGUUCUGUAAAGUUAUGUUUGGACAACUUCUGGAAGCAAUUGUUUAUCUUUAUGAUCAUCGAAUUAGUCAUCGUGAUAUAAAAUCAGACAACAUUCUACUCGAUUUUAAUGCCGAUGAUGAUGUUCCACAUUUGGUAUUGAGCGAUUUUGGUUGUGCAUUGGCGACGGGGACUUGGAAAGUACGUUACGAUACUGAUACAGUUUACCUUGGAGGAAAUUUGGCAUUAAGAGCUCCAGAAAUCCGUUGUGCUUACCCAGCUCCCAACAAUUGGGUUGAUUUUCGUAUGGCAGAUCUUUGGGCUGCUGCUACAGUCGGAUACGAAAUUUUUACCAGAGCAAAUCCAUUCUACAGUCGUAUGAGAAGUGAUCAAUAUAUGGAGUGCGAACUGCCGCCAUUACCGAGGAAGAUGGAUUGUUCGAUAAAAGCAGUUAUUCGGAAUAUGUUGCAAAUUGAUCCAAAUAAACGACCAAGCCCAUCUGUUGCGGCAAAUGUUCUUAGCAUAUCACUGUUCCGGUUUGGUCAUGACUUGCGACAACUUUUUGAUGAUUGUGGUUUCAAUAAAACUUUGUUUGGUGCAAAAAUGAACGAUCUGAAGGUUGCGGCAAGUAAAACUUUAAAAAUGCUUCAUGAAAAGGUAACAGCGUCAGUGAGUGAUUUCAUUCUGCUCUUUGCUGUGGAAACAAUAUUGGCUCGAAAUAUUCAUCCAAAUGUGAUCAGUACAGCGGAAUUGCAGCUUCGUGCAACAUUUCUAUCUCGAAUUGAACACGAAUGUAUUUGGUCAGCUUUGAGUUAUUUUUGCGAUGAAGUCAAUUUAUCAGGAAAUUGUGCAAACGUUUUUACUACAGAAAUAAGUGAUCCGACAUUUGCAACUGGCGACUCGAUAAAUUCUAUAAAUAAUCUUAUUAGGACGUGA